CAGGGGUCGCAGUGUGGAGAUGCCCGGUACCGCGUUCCACUUCUCGCUGCUCGGAUGGCCGCGAGAGGGCGAGCACACCCCGCCGUGACCGCCCCGCCCCCGCUCAUCUCGUGUCCCGGCGUGGCGGGGGCGAUACCCCCGGCGGCCACCAGGCGGCAGCGCCGCGGGCCCCUUAAGGCAGGCGGCGGCCGGAAGUGCUGGCGGCCGAGGCCGCGGCGGGCGCUGCGCAUGCGCGGGCGCUGCCCGGCCCGUUCCCCCCCGCUCCCCCCCCUCCCCGUUCCCCCCGUUCCUCAGCCCCCGCUUCUCGGCCGCUCGCCGACGGGAGGAGGAAAACCUCACCGUGUUCAUGUGAGAGAUGGCGAAUGCCGAGGUGAGCGUCCCUGUGGGUGAUGUGGUGGUUGUACCAAGUGACGGGAAUGAAGGGGAGAACCCGGAGGAUACCAAAACCCAGGUGAUCCUGCAGCUCCAGCCGGUGCAGCAAGGGAUUUACCAGGAGGGCUCCGAGGCCAGUGCUGCCGUGGUGGCCGUGGAAACCCACACCAUCCACAAGCUGGAAGAAGGGAUUGACCCCAGCACCCUGGAAACGAGUGAGGAGAUCGAGAUCGCCUACCCCAUCACCUGCGGGGAGAGCAAGGCCAUCCUGCUCUGGAAGAAGUUUGUCUGUCCAGGAAUCAAUGUCAAGUGUGUGAAGUUCAAUGACCAGCUGAUCAGCCCGAAGCAUUUUGUUCACCUGGCUGGGAAAUCCACCCUGAAGGACUGGAAAAGGGCCAUUCGCCUCGGAGGGAUCAUGCUGAGGAAGAUGAUGGAUUCGGGGCAGAUUGACUUCUACCAGCACGACAAAGUUUGCACCAACACGUGUCGGAGCACCAAGUUUGAUCUCCUGAUCAGCAGCGCCCGAGCGCCGGUGCCGGGGCAGCAGAGCGUGGUGCAGACCCCGACCUCAGCUGAUGGGAGCAUCACCCAGAUCGCGCUGUCGGAGGAGAGCAUGGAGGAGGGCAUCGAGUGGAACUCGGCUCUCACAGCUGCUGUCACCAUGGCCACUGAGGAGGGCAUCAAAAAGGACACUGAUGAGAUCUCAGAGGACACGCUGAUGUUCUGGAAGGGAAUAGCUGAUGUGGGGCUGAUGGAAGAGGUGGUGUGCAACAUCCAGAAGGAGAUAGAAGAAGUCCUAAGAGGGGUGCAGCAGAGGUUGGGGCAGUCUCCCUUCCAGAUGACAGAUGCUGCUGUCCUGAACAACGUUGCCCACACAUUUGGUCUAAUGGACACAGUCAAGAAGGUUCUGGACAACAGGAAAAACCAGACAGAGCAAGGAGAGGAGCAGUUUCUUUACACACUAGCAGACCUGGAGCGGCAGCUGGAAGAGCAGAAGAAACUCGCCAGGGACCAGAAGGCCAAGUCCCAGACCAUCCAGAACGUGGUGCUGAUGCCCGUGAGCGCUCCCAAGCCCCCCAAGAGACCCCGCCUGCAGCGCCCAGCCUCCGCCACCGUGCUGAGCCCCUCCACCCCCCUGCAGCAGCCCCAGUUCACCGUCAUCUCCCCCAUCACCAUCGCGCCCGUCGGGCAGCAGUUCUCCGUGGGCAACAUCCCCGUGGCCACCAUCAGCCAGGGCUCCAGCCCCGUGACUGUGCACACGCUGCCCUCCGGCUCCCAGCUCUUCCGAUACGCCACCGUGGUGUCCUCCUCCUCCUCCUCCUCCUCCUCCUCCAAGACCAGCUCCUCGGACACGGUGACCCUGCACCCGUCCUCCAGCCUGGCGCUGCUGAGCUCGGCGGCCAUGCAGGACAGCGGGGCCCUGGCCAACGUGGCGGCCGUGGUCAACCCCGUGGAGCUGGUGGCCAUGGAGUCGGGCAUCACCUCCACCAUCCAGGCCGUGGAGGGCACCUCGGACGACGGGCAGACCAUCAUAGAGAUCGACCCGGCGCCGGAUCCCGAGGCAGACGCGGACGAGCCCGAGGGCAAAGCUGUGAUCCUGGAGACGGAGCUGAGGACUGAGGAGAAAGUGGUGGGAGGAGACGUGGAGGACCACCAGCACCAGGGUCAAGGAGAGACUGGAUCUCUGCUGGACAACCCAACUGGGAGGAACCAGCCACACACUUGGUGCUUCUGCUCCGGGGCUGCCCUGGCCCCAGAGACUUUAUCUGAGAGACAAUAACCAGUGGCUGGAGCGUGGAUGUGGCUGUGGCUGUGGGAAGGGGUGACGGAUUUGGGGUGGAACAGGUACCUCAUUUGUAUUUUUAUUUUCCCCAGGGAAGGGAGUUCUGUCGGACUCUUCGCUGUCACCUCAAUUGGGAUUUUUUUAUUGUUAUUCUUGCUUUGGGGAGCCUGACAGUCCGUGAAUUUGCUGCCCAUGUUCUCCUCCUCCUCUUCCUCCACACAAAUUGUUUUUGUAUCUCUAUUUUUUUGUAUUUGUUUACUCUCUCCCUUCCCGCUGCCCAGAUAGCCCAGCUGCAAAGCCCUGGGGCCUCCUCUCCGGGUUCCCUGUAUCCCAAUCCCACUUCUUCCCGUGGCACUUUCCCCCCCAUCCCUUUCCCUGCCUGGCCAGGCUCGGUGCUGCCGCUUGGAGACUCCGAGAUCACUUUCAGCCUUUCACAGAAAGGCAAAAAAAUACCAACUCAAGCUCAAACCCAGACCCUUCCCUUGGCUGCUCAGCGCCACAGGGACCUUUUUGGGGUGUACAAAGCAUGUUGUGCUGUUGCUUUCCGGGAGAGCUGGAUCCUGGAUUGGGACAGCUUCUGUUUACACUGUGUGCUGAGGCUGCUCCGUGCUUGUUGCUACUCGUUUUGGUGGUUUUAUUUUUGUAUUAUUAUUAUUAUUAUUAUUUCUUAUUUCUUCCUAUAAUCUCUUGGCAGGAUUAGAACUGGCACGUUGCUGAAAUAAUGUGCACCCCACUGUUUUCCCUCUUUAUUUUUCAGUGGGAAGAUGGAAAUGGGGAAGCGCCGGGUGCCUUUAGAGCUGCGGAGGUUUGGGAGGGGCUGGGAGGGGGGAGCUGCUUGGCUGGAAAUAUUAAGCAAAACAACAGGCAAAGAUAAAA